CGAUGAGGUAACUACAAACAUGGCAGCGCUUUUUGCAAUACGUUGCUUAUUUAGAAGCUAUUCUCGGGUCAGAAAUGUCGAUUAAAAUACACGAGUACUUGUCAGAUGUAGCUGAAGGAUGCUGUGCAGUGCACCGUCUGACAACAAUCGAUGUGCCUCGCAGAGUGGAGUCUGACAUUCACAACGGCACUAUGCAAUGCACCCUGGACUGAAGAGGCAGACAAGUAUGAGAGUUGUGGUGGUCCUUCCUGUUAAAUUACACAUUUCUCAAGGUUCUCCAGAUGCCCAUGUGAAGCCCCAGUUUCUGGAUGCAGAGGUGCAGGACAUCCUAACCAGAAUCACAGGCUUGAACCUGGAGAAUGUGUUCAGACCCAUCAAACAGGAGCUGAAGCCCCCCAAGUACAAACUUAUAACAGAUGCACAGUUGAAGGAGGUAUAGACACACACACAUACACAUGGUAGGGCAGAUAGUUUGUCUAUCAUGCGGAGUAGGGAAUGGCUCUACAACAUCUGCUGCAACAUUCUGAACAUUUAAUUUGGCAGAUUACAUGGUUGAUUACAUGGUUACAAUGGUUUGUGUCCAUCAACAUAAAUAUUGGUUAUCAUUUACAAUGCCUCAAACAAUUAGUGCUCUUUUGUCAUGUUUUGUUCUCUCUUCCAUGGUCACCUCCUGGUGUUUCCAGGAGCAGUUCAUAGUGAUCCGGGAACCCACCGGGACACUGAAGAAGGCAUCGUGGGAAGAGAGAGACAGGAUCCUGCAGGUCUACUUCCCUAAAAAGGGCCGCAGGCUAACAGCACCCCGUCUUCGAGGAGAACCUGAAGGUGGAACCCCACCAGGAUCGUCAUGAGGAUGUGUUGGAUCUGUGCCAGGUCCAGUUUGAACCUGACUCCUCAGAAUACAUCAGGGUGCAUGCAGCCACCUUGAGGAUCUUGAGAAGAUGGGGAGGUAUGAUCUGCUGCGCUCCACCAGACACAGGAGGGUGGAUGGACUCAUCAUAGACAUGCUGCAGAAAGACCUAUGGCAGGAUGCAGUGAGUCUGGUGGGUCUGUUCAACAAGGUCCACCCACACAGUGAGACAGCCCAGGAGGCCUCCAGCCAACAGGCCUCUGGACUGGACCUGCUCAAGAUCUACGCUAAGCGGGAGUCCCAGAGGACAGGAUACGUAGAGCUGGCCCUGCAGGCCUACGAGCAGACUUCCGCAGAGAUCCGUCUGACCGUCAUGCAUCACCACACCUUACCAUUGGAGAGCUCUGUCACAUCACAGCAUAGCUCCAUCUAACCGUCCCAUACAUCUCAUACCCACAACAAUAAACCUACGGAGCAGUGACAUUCUCCCCAAUGGCCUGCCUAUCCAUGACCCCAAUCUUUAAUCAACUGGACAAUUACGCUAAACAAAGAGAAUAACUUAGUCCUUGAACUAUGGAGCUCAUCUUGAACCACUUGCAAGCCAAGUGUCCAUUGCCAAUGGAUGGCAUCAAAAUGUGCACAUAAUUGGGAUGCACCAAGCUUUACUUCUGUCGACGCAGUGCAGAUAUUCACUUCUGCAUUUCAACUUUAAUUUGUCCAUAACCUUAAUCAUACUGUAUCUCAACAUUGGAACUGACUGUAAGCUGUUUAAUUAUCAUGUACAUACAAAAUAAAAAUGUUUAUAUACAUACGUUUAUUGCAUGCAGGGUAGCCUAGUGGUUAGAGCGUUGGACUAGUAACCGGAAGGUUGUAAGUUCAAAUCUGUCGUUCUGCCCCUGAACAGGCAGUUAACCCAUUGUUCGUAGGCCGUCAUUGAAAAUAAGAAUUUGUUCUUAACUGACUUGCCUAGUUAAAUAAAGGUAAA